CGCGCCUGACCACCACGAUGAGCUUCCUGUCCGAGCUACUCGGUGCAGUCGCAAAAUGCCUCUGCGGAGGCAUCAAGGAGGAGCCGCUCCCGUCCGGGCACGAGUCCGACGUCUACCUCCCGCCUUCCGUCCCGCACAAGCCGCAGGUGUCGCAGCAGCCCACGCCGGUGUACCCUCCCUCGCAGCAGCCUCAGCACCAUCCCCAGCAACCUCAGCAGCAACAGCAGCAAGGGCAAGGGCAGCAGCAUCCUGCGGGGAAGAAGCACAAGAAGCACCAUGACCAGCAUGCGCAGGGACAAGGGCAGAACGGACAAGGACAGAGUGGACAGAGCACGCCGCACUCGCCGUCGCAGGCCCCGAGCCACCCCGCGAGCCCGCCGCCGUCGCGUCCUUGGUCGCCCGGCCGUCCGGACCCGAACCAGGUGAACCAGCACAACGAGCACUACGUGGACCUGCGCGCGCGCGCGAACGCGGCGGGGGACGAGAUGGCGCGCAGCUUCGAGGAGGCGCACCAGGCGUACGAGCGCGGGGACGGCGCGCGAGCGAAGGAGCUCUCGAACAAGGGCAAGGCGGCGCAGCAGGAGAUGGAGAGGCUGAAUGAGCAGGCGUCGGAGUGGAUCUUCAGAGAGAACAACACGGAUAGCCAACCUGGAGAGGUUGACCUCCAUGGGCUGUAUGUCAAGGAGGCGAUACGCUACACCGACAGGUCCAUCCAGGAGGCGCAAGCGAGAGGCGACUCCAAAAUCCGCUUCAUUACAGGCAAAGGCCUGCACUCGUCAGGCGGCGUGGCGAAACUGAAGCCCGCCAUCGAGGAGCUCAUGCAAAAACACGGCCUGGUCGCGGAGCUUGACGAGCACAAUGCUGGAGUGCUCAUCGUCAACCUGGACGGCCAGCGGUCUGGAAACGGGCGCGAGUUGCGCGCGGACGACAUUACGAGGGGGUUGGAGAGGAAGGACGAUGGCUGUACGAUUAUGUAGUGCGCGUAUGCUCGUAUGUGCUUCUUGUGACUGCUUUGGUUGUAAUGAUACCAGUGCUCUGCUCGCAAUGCAGCAACCAGUC